AUGGGUUAUUGGGCUGGCCUCGCACGGCAGUAUCAUGGAAGGUUUUCUCACAACGAGGACUACGUUUACACACUCACCUUCAGCGCCGUGUUGAUGCAUCGUCUGAGGAUACGGCUCGGCCUGCUUGGCUUCACAGAAAAGCAAAAGAUUGCUGCUCACCACUUCUGGCGGGAUAUGGGUCCUCUAUUCCAGGUCGAAGGCAAAGGCACUGUGGAGGACUACCCAGCAGACUUCGAUGGGUGUAUCGCUUUCUGCGAGGCGUAUGAGAAUACUCCCCGAGAGUAUAAUGAAAAAGCUCGAUAUAUCGGUCUCUCUAUCUUCAACCUCUUUGCCUAUCGAUAUUUUCCCCCUGGCUUGCGAUGGUUCGGCAUGGCGUUUCCUCGGACGCUGUCUCUGCCAACGACGCUGAGCGCAUUCCGUAUCGAGCCGACCAACCCCGUGCUAGCAGCCAUCAUCAUCUUCAUCGUUAGAACAGUGUUCCUUGUCACGGAGGUUUUGUUCCCCGAUCCCAAAAUUCCAUUCUUCGAAAGGUUGGAGACGCUCCCAGAGAUGGAGGCACGAAAGCGAAAAGAGGAGACUAGGGCCUUGGACAAGUCCUAUGAGCAGUUCAUCAUGUCUCAAUUGAGUGGCCCUGGCUGUCCGUUUAGCGCAAAAUUGCAAUAG